AUGUCUAGUCAAACAAACGUUUUGACAUUUGCUUUAUUUCUUUUAUUUUCUGCAAAAUAUUCCAAAUCCGUCAAUUUCACAUGUCCGCAAAAUCCGAUUGUGGGUGGAACUGGAACAUUUCCACCUGAUUCAGCAGCAAGGUUCCAGUUUCCGAUAAAUUAUCAUUGUAAAAUACAAUUUAAAAUUCAAGAUGGAUUUGUAGUGAGACUUACGUUUUCUUCAAAAGCAACUGCGGCAGAUUCUAUCAUUGUGAGCAACGUGCUCGGAUCGUCUUACGCUUACAAUCAAGGUUCUGGUACCUUCUUUGCUCCGGCAACAGCAGCUACUGUCUCAAUCGACACCUCAACUGCAACGUCUGAAUUUUGGUUCAGUUAUGAUUAUCAAAACCUUGCUUUGUUUGAACAAAAUCCUACGCUGCCAACCGGAACUCCUCUUAAUCUCAACCUUCAACCUACACAAACAUACACACUUGAGUCUCCCACCAACGAUAAUGUUGUCAUAAAUGUGGCUCUAGUUGAUCAAAUUGGAAAAACUGAUAUAGUUAUAAAAUUAAUUUAUGUUUAUGACGGUCCCAAUGUUAACUCGCGAUUCGUGGGCAACUUGUAUGAUUACGUGAAUUCUCCGACGCUCAUGAAAUCAAGUGGAAAUUCGACUACAUUGGUUAACUAUUAUGGGCCAACAAGUAAUUCCUACGCAUUGGCAAAUGAUUUCAAAUCGCUUUCUUCGUUCGAAGAGUACACAUUUGUUGCAUUCUCCAAAAAUGUAACAGUUCCUAAAAACUUCAAAGUGAAAGGUAUACCAUUCACGUCAAGUGCGUUCACGUUCUUGUGUACUCAAUCUAGUAUGGUUUAUCUCACUGAUUUGAAUUUUGGAGCAAAUGGACACAAAGUUGAUGUACAAACACUGACACCUUCGGAUAAUCAGAUAACUUAUCUCACUUAUUUAGCAACUGAUGCAGUGCAGAACUCAAUGCCUCAAAUGAUUCCGGCAAAGCUAUUCAGUAUGGUAACACUAGGCCCAGAACUUUCAUUGACUUUGUCUUCUACUGCUGAUAAUUGGUUAACCCCUUAUAAUGGAAGGAAAGGAAGUAUUUUCUCAUCAUCUCUAUGGACACCUGAAGCAACAUCAGGAUACAAUCAUACAUUUGUAUCAACUAAUGUCAUGACAUUUACUUUCAAUAUUAAAAAGGCCAUUAUUCAUCAGGCUGGAGAACAGAUGCAUGUUCAAGUUGGACUACCAGGAUUUAAACCAUCGAGUUUGACAUUCACUAACAGUGUUUCGGAUCAAAGUCGACUUGCCAAUGGAACUUAUUUAAUGAUUGAAUACAUAGGCGAUUCAACUUCUUCAUCAUCCAUUGUCACAUUUGAAAUGGCCAAUGCAAACGGAGAGCAGGGGACAAGUUAUUUACCAAGUAAAUCUACAAGUUCUUCUAUUCAAUCAACUACUAAAUCGGGAUUGAAGAAUACAUUUGGUAUUGCAAGUGGAAUUAGUCUGUUGAUUGCUUUAUUUUUGAACUGUUGACUAUAAAAUCUUAAUUUUCUUAAUAUUCGAAGAACUCAAUAAAUUAUUUGCAUUAGA